ACAAUGUGAAUGGUGGGCACCGCAAAUAUUCCUUGUGGCCGCUACAGCCCCAAUCGAUGGUGAAAUCAUAAUGUAACCGUAGCAACGUUGUAUGGGCUCCCGAAUUUAACAGCCCGAGGAGAGAAAAUGGGACCGAGACUAUCUUGCUUUAAGAUAAAAUUAGCUUGAUACACCCUCCGUUUGCUUCUUUUUGUAACAUUGCCUCAGAAUUCCACUAGUCUGAUUCUCACUCCGCCCGUUUUUACUGUUACCUGACCCCAAAAUGUUCGCUACGGUGGUUCCUCGAUUCUCAAUUCUCCUAAUGCAGAGCCGCUCCGAUUCUAACCCUCGCCGUGGUUUUGGAAACAAGGAAGACAAUAAAGCUGACAAAGCCGGCAGCUCGGGCAAGGAGAAGGGUAGGGUGUAUCAACCAAGGAAACCCAUUCCAAAACAAUCUAGUACAGUACCCACACGUAAGUGUAACUCAUUUUCCUUUGGAUUAUGUGUAGAGGCACCUGCUGUGAGUUUCCGUAAUGAUGGAAAUUCUUAUAACAAAUCUUUGGACCUUCAAUUCGAAGAGCGACUUGAAGCAGUUAAAAGAUCAGCACUUGAAAAGAAAAAGGCAGACAUUAAAAAAGAAUUUGGAGCAAUUGACUAUGAUGCACCGGUGGAAUCGGAAGAGAAAACAAUUGGACUUGGUACCAAGGUUGGAAUAGGUGUCGCUGUUUUGGUCUUUGGCUUUGUUUUUGCGCUCGGAGACUUUCUGCCCUCUGGAAGUACCGGUCCUGUUAAGGAUUCUGUGGUGGAAAAUAUCAAACUAUCGAGAGAAGAAGAAAGUAAUCUUAAGAAUAUGCUCAAAGAAUACGAGGUUACACUUCGUAGCAACCCAAAAGAUCCAACUGCUUUGGAAGGUGCGGCAGUUACCUCAGCUGAAUUAGGUGAAUAUGCACAAGCAGCCUCUUUGCUUGAAGACUUGAUAAAGGAGAAGUCGGAUGAUUCUGACAUUUUCCGCUUGCUUGGGGAAGUAAAAUAUAAGCUUAAAGAUUAUGAUGGGAGUGUUGCGGCUUACAAGAGUGCCACAAAGUUAUUUGAAGAUGUCAAUUUUGAGGUUCUACGUGGCCUUACAAAUUCACUACUUGCUGCCGGGAAACCAGAUGAGGCUGUUCAAUUCCUUUUGGACUAUCGGGACAAUCUUAACAAUGUAAAAUUAGGAGAGGGCAAGGAAAUGGAAACAAAAUUAUCGAUUGAUCCUGUACAAGUUGACUUACUGCUUGGAAAAUCGUACUCAGAUUGGGGACAUGUUAGUGAUGCUGUAUCUGUUUAUGAUCAGCUUAUCUCCAGCCACCCUAAUGACUUCCGUGGUUACUUAGCUAAGGGAAUUAUUCUAAAGGAAAAUGGUAGGUCUGGAGAUGCUGAGAGGAUGUUCAUCCAAGCCCGAUUCUUUGCUCCUGAGAAUGCCAAGAUGCUUGUAGAUCGGUAUUCUAGAUGACCUUAGCAUCUCCUACAUUACGUUUAUAGUUUGUAUACACAAUUAUCAUUUAUCACCAUAAGUUUUGGUUCUACGAUGUGAAAAUCUGAAACGCAGAAUGUGCGUUUUGCUGAUGUACAAAAGAAAUUUGUAAAAAAGUUGUAUUUCAUGUAUAUAAUACAUAUAUGUAUGUGUCUAUAUAUUAAUGUUUGGAUUAAAAUCACUAUUCAUCAAAGUAACAAUUCUUGAACUUUUAAAGGAA